CCCCCCCCCCCCCCCCAAAAAAAAAAAAAAAGCCAACAGGCCACAGCCAUGCCUGACGGUGAGCCGGCGACCGUUACAUUGGGCGGCAAGGGGUCCGCCCUGGCUCCGUCUUCCGUGUUCGCAACAGCGAAUGGGCUCGCCAAGUUGCGGGUCGAUUCAUCGGCCCUUGAUCGGCUCGCCGCCUGUCGGAGCUCUCCCUCCGCCGCUCACCAGAUAUCCUUUCCCUCCCAGUUCACUCCGGAGGAAUCCAGAGCUUCCCUCACCGUGCUCCUCAAUAGGCUCCUUCUCUCCGGUGCUUCAAGCACACGUACGGUCAUCCCUGUAUUGUUCUCCACCUCAUUGAAUUCACGGGAGAGUCUCCUCGACUUGGGACCCCUCAGUGUCACCGACGAAGAACUGAGUAUAUUGGAAAGAUCAGAGGCCAAUUUGAUCGGCGUUUGCGCCCUGUUGGAUUACCAGUCGACUCUCCUGUCCACGGUUGUGGACGCGGUGGCUGCAUUGUCGUGCGAAGCCAUCAAGGCUGACGUCUCGUCUUUCAAUUCGGUGGAUGCAGGCGAUGUCUUUACCUCCAAGGAUGAGAUAGGGGUUAGCAGUGACAUGAAGGUUUUGCUCAAUGGUUCUAAGCUGGUGGGAAAGGUCGAGGUUGAAGCAGUUCACAGUAUUUUGAAAAUACAUGCGACUUUGAGAAAAGUGGUGAAGUCGGUGCACUUAGAAAUGCGGGCUAAUUUGAAUUCGGUUGUAAAAGUUGGAAAAGCCGGCUCUUGGAGGGAUGGAGCUGUGGAGGCAGGGGCCACUGCCCUGCUGCCGCUGGCCUCUGCGCUUCAAAAUGUGGGCGAGAGUAGUUUAUUGCGUACCAAAAUGAAUUUGGAUUUGAUUACUGCCGAGAAGAAGAGCGAAAAGAAGAAGAAGAAGGUGGCCUUGGGGAAGGGAACUGCUGUUGUGGUGCAGCUGAUUAAAGACAGAUUUCAGAGAAUCGGAGGAAACGCUGUUGAUAGUGUUGACAUAGUGGAGAAAUCUGUUGAGGAUCUUUUGUUAUCUUUUGACACGAAAGGUCGGCAAUUUGAUGUCUUAUUGAAGACACUUAAAGACAUUCUAGAAAGCAAUGAAAGUAGAAGGCUACCCAAGCUUCCCAAGGGCACUCGUGAUUUUGCAAAAGAGCAAAUGGCAAUAAGAGAGAAAGCGUUCUCGAUCAUAACAGAGGUUUUCAAGAAGCAUGGUGCAACAGCCCUUGAUACUCCGGUUUUUGAAUUGAGAGAGACUCUAAUGGGAAAGUACGGGGAGGACUCAAAGUUGAUUUAUGAUCUUGCUGAUCAGGGUGGAGAGCUUUGUUCCCUACGCUAUGACUUGACUGUCCCAUUUGCAAGAUAUAUGGCCAUGAAUGGUCUCACAUCAAUGAAAAGGUACCAAAUUGCCAAGGUGUACAGAAGGGACAACCCGUCAAAGGGAAGAUAUCGCGAGUUCUACCAAUGUGAUUUCGACAUUGCUGGUCAGUAUGCAAGAAUGCAACCAGAUUCUGAGGUCAUAAAGAUAAUGACUGAGCUGCUUGAUAAGCUGAACAUUGGAGAAUAUGUGGUGAAGUUGAAUCACCGGAAGCUACUUGAUGGGAUGUUGGAAAUAUGUGGUGUGCCUCCAGAAAAAUUCCGAACUAUUUGCUCAAGUGUUGACAAGUUAGACAAGCAGUCAUUUGAUCAGAUUAGAAAAGAAAUGGUGGAGGAGAAGGGUUUAACUCCUGAGAUGGCAGAUGGAAUUGGUGAGUUUGUGAAGAAGAAGGGACGGCCUUUAGAGUUGCUCUCUGAGCUUCAGCAGAAGGGCGGCAAAUUUUUGGGGAAUGAAGGAUCUGUCCAAGCACUGGAUGACUUGGAGAUAUUGUUCAAAGCUCUUGAGAAGGCAAAGUGCAUUGACAGAGUUGUUUUUGAUCUGAGUCUCGCAAGAGGUCUUGAUUAUUAUACUGGUGUCAUCUAUGAAGCCGUUUUCAAGGGAGUUACACAGGUCGGUUCAAUUGCUGGUGGUGGCCGAUUUGACAACCUCAUAGGAAUGUUUGGCUCAAAGCCGGUUCCAGCAGUUGGCGUCAGUCUCGGAAUUGAAAGAGUUUUUGCCAUAAUGGAGCAAAAUCAGAAGGACCAAAAUCAAACAAUUCGAGCCACGGAGACACAGGUUUUGGUGGGGUUCUUGGGAGAGGACUUGCAUCUGGGCACAGAGCUGGUGAACGAGUUCUGGGAAGCCAACGUGAAAGCAGAGCUCAUGCUCAGCAAGCGAGUAAUGAAGCACAUCGACCACGCCAAAGACUCAAGGAUCCCCUACCUUGUACUCGUGGGUGAGAUGGAGCUGAACAAAGGGGUGGUGAAACUGAAAGAUAUUGAGGCCGCCAAGGAAGAAGUCAUCCCGAGAACCCAGAUGGUUGAGGAAGUUAAGAAGCGCUUGUUAACUGUCAAAGAAGCCACAUUGUAAGCCGAUAACCCCAUAUUCAACCCUUCAUUACCAUCUUUUUUGCCCACAGCCUAACACUAUACACUGCGCUGCCAUUCAUAUGUAGCGUGCAAUACAGCUUGUCCAAAUUACGGCAAGAGUCGGUCUAAUAACACAGUAAAGGGAAGUUUCAACUGAGCAUUGUUACA